AUGGUUGUGGCUCCGUUGUUGCGCUUCCCUCCUGGGAUGCGCUGUAUGAGCUCUAAUUUGUAUAAGACAACACUCAAUCUUGCAAGCAAGAAUACAUGCUCUGCUCUGAAAGGGCACCGGUCCAAUUACAGACAGCUCCAACGCUUUUCUACAACAGCUGCAUACCAGGAUGAAGCUCUGGACCGGACACGGAACAUUGGCAUCAUCGCCCACAUCGAUGCAGGCAAAACUACCACUACGGAGCGCAUGCUAUUCUAUAGUGGCUUCACACGGCGCAUUGGUGACGUGGACGAAGGAUCGACAGUAACUGAUUUUCUUCCCGCUGAGCGUGCGCGAGGCAUUACUAUCCAGUCUGCUGCCAUCACCUUCCACUGGCCUCCUGGAGAGGUAGAUGGAGCGUCAGGCCCGCAAGCUGGAACGCAGAAUGAGCAAAUACCGCGGUCAACCUACCCGCAUACUAUAAAUUUGAUUGAUACCCCGGGCCACGCAGACUUUACAUUCGAAGUCAUGCGAUCUCUGCGUAUCCUCGACGGCGCCGUCUGUAUAUUGGAUGGCGUGGCUGGUGUUGAAGCGCAAACAGAGAAGGUCUGGAACCAAGCAAGCACAUAUCGCAUUCCUCGAGUCAUUUACGUGAAUAAGCUAGACCGUGACGGAGCCGCGUUUGGCCGGACGGUGCGAGAAGUUAGCACCCGCUUGGGUGUCUAUCCAGCAGUCUGCCAGAUCCCAUGGUUCCGAGGAGGAAAUGGCCCUUUUAUUGGGGUAGCAGAUGCGAUCCAUCUCCAAGGAUUACGAUGGAAAGAAGGCGAGGAUGGCCGUACGGUCAAGAUGCUUGACCUUCAGCAAUUAGAGGCAGAGGAGCCUGCCUUGGCAGCAGAGCUCCGACGGGCCCGAAUUGCUCUAGUUGAGCUGCUUAGUGAACACGACGAAGACAUUGUGGAGAGAUUCUUUGAAUGUGAAGAAGACCAUCUCGCAGUCUCCUCGGCUGAUAUCAUUGAGAGCUUGCGCCGGUGCGUAUUGGACCAGACUAGUCGGAUUGUUCCUCUAUUCGCGGGUGCUAGCUUCCGGAAUAUGGGAGUCCAGCCACUGCUGGAUUCCAUCGUGAAUCUUCUCCCUAGUCCACCAGAGGCGCCCGACCCAGAGGUGAGCAUCGGGGGUGUCAAAGGAGGUCUUCGAGACCUGUUAUCAGGCGAUUUGAUUGUCGAACAGGCUGUGAAGGAGUCCGCACCAAUCAAAGGAAAACAGCCAAAGAAAAAGAACAUUGCUUUACAAACCAGUUCAAAGGAUGCGAUCAGCAAACUCCAAAGCUGUGCAUUGGCAUUCAAAGUUGUCAACGACGCCAAGCGCGGUGUCCUGGUCUAUGUACGGGUAUACUCCGGCUCUUUAGAUCGCAACAGUCUCCUGUUCAACACAAACCUUCAGCUCUCCGAGCGUGCUCCACGUCUACUGAAGAUGUACGCCAAUGAUGCUGUGGAAGUGGACUCGAUUCCUGCCGGUCACAUUGGAGUGGUAGUCGGCCUCAAACAAACCCGGACUGGCGAUACACUGGUUUCCUACGCAGGAAACAAAGCCACUCCCCCCGAGCCACUCACCAGUCUCCAACUCCGACCAAUUGCCGUCCCACCACCAGUCUUCUUCACCAGCGUGGAGCCACACAGCCUAAGCGAAGAAAAGCGCAUGCAAGAAUCGCUCGCACUACUCCUCCGUGAAGACCCCAGUCUCCACGUCACUGUAGACGAAGAAUCAGGCCAGACCCUCCUAAGCGGAAUGGGCGAACUACAUCUAGAAAUUGCCCGCGAUCGCCUAAUCAACGACCUCAAAGCCAAAGCAUCAAUGGGCCGCAUCGAGAUCGGCUACCGAGAAUGCGCACUCGGCACUUCCAGCCCCGUAACCAAGAUCUUCGACAAGGAGAUCGCCGGCCGAAAAGGCAAAGCAGGCUGCACAGCAGUCGUGGAACCACUGGAUGAAGACGCCGAGCCCGAAGAGCGAGACGAAGACACACUGCUCGUCGAAAUCUACGACGGCAAUCAGAUCAUCAUCCGCGCUCCCGGUCUCCAGGUCGAGCGCCCCUCUCGUGGCGAGGAAGAAACCAGCCCAUUCCUCCCACCAGGCAUGGACAUCGUUACGUUCCGCACAGCGCUGCAAAACGGAGCCGUGGCGGCGCUCGCCCGAGGACCCCAAUUCACAUUCCCAAUGCACAACACCCGCGUCACGCUAACCAUCGAUCCGGCUGCGGAUCUUUUCGGCAACGAGACGACCACUUCGGCCCUCUCGUCUGCUGCGCGCCAGGCCACUGCCGCCGCGCUGCAAGAUGUGCAGUUCGGCGCCGGUACAACGAUGAUGGAGCCGGUGAUGAACGUAAUUAUCAGCGUGGACGAAGCUAGUCUCGGCUCUGUCGUGCACGAUAUCUCCUCCUCGCGGGGUGGACAUAUUAUCUCACUCGACGAAGAGGUGCCACUGUCUGGCACGGACGCAUCGACUUCUCAACCUAUACUUGAAGAAGACGUCUUACCGCCCAUCGAUCCCAAACGCGUGUAUGCGCCGCAGGAUCCGUUUGAGAUGCCUUCUGUUGGGGUGGAGAUUCCUGUUUCCGCGACUCGUGCCCGCACAAUUGUCGCCAAGGUGCCUCUCAAGGAGAUGGUUGGAUAUCUCAAGCACUUGCGGAGUCUGACAGCUGGUCGUGGCACUUUCGUUAUGAGCGUUGAUCGAUUUGAGAACAUGUCCGGUCAAAGACAGAAGGCCGUGCUUGCAGAGUUAAGGGGCGGCUUCUAG